AUGGAUCAGACAGCCGAACUCAAGCCAUUCUCGUCCCCGUCCAGCGUCGCCGUUCUGGCCGCCCAGCAGCAUGGUGCGCUGACACGCGCAUCCGUGCGCUUGGCUGGAAAGCGCGCUGCCUUCGCUGCGGCCGUCCUCGCCCUGCUUCUCAGUCAGCCCGCAAGACUUCUCAGCGGGCUGGUGCCAAACAAGAUCAACUUGGUUGUUGAACGCCUGCCUGAGCUUCCCACCGUUUUGAAAGAUUUCACUUUUGUUGCAGUCACUACCAUGUGCGUCUUGUUCAUUGCAAGCUUUCUAUUCGAUCUCGUGAAAAACUACAAUGUGCUCAAGCUUGGAUCGGCAGCUCCUCCAGAGGCCAGCAAGCUUUCCACCGUUAGCAAACACCGGCUUGGCGUCAUUACUCAAUCACCAAGCACUCCGAAAAACACGGACGCUCUCAAACGCGUGCGCAGUCCAGCGGGUGUGUCAGUGGACCAUUUGGCAUCGCCAAUUCUUGCUUCCUCUGGCGGAGGCAGCGUUCUUGGUUCCCCGCGCACGCCGCGAGCGUUUGAUGGCGGCGCUGGUGCAUCGCCUGGUGCGGUCGCGACUCCAGUGGCUUCCCCUGCGGGUCUUGCUCAUCGCGGAAUGAUGCACAGCUCGCCUGCUAUGUCCGGUCCCGGUGCAAUCAUUGGCACGAGCAGUCCGCUUUUGGUGGGCGGUCCCUCUCCUCGUCGAGGUGCAAGUCCCGCUGGCACCCCACGAGGGUCUGGCACGCCACGAGGGACUGGCACACCACGAGGGUCGGGCACCGGAGGCGGCUUUGCCUCGCCAGGAUCGAGUGUACUUGGCGGCGCGUCGUCGCCAAAGUCCUCGCUCUGGCAUCACAUGCCCAUUCCCCCGGAUGAUUUUGCGGUCUUUGACGAGCGCAGUCUGCAGCGCUUUGUUGCUGAACGCGACGCAAGCCAACAGCGUCUGUUUGGCCCGAGCAGCGUGGCCGAUCGUCUCAAAAUUAGUCAAAUUGUCCCGCACGAGUACCGGACUGCUCUGCCCGCGCGCGACUCGGCCUCUUCAAGCACCAAGUCUUCCGACGACGACAAGAGCGGCUUCCUGAACAUGCAGCUGUCGGAAGCGCUGCUGUGCAAACUCGGCAUUGACUCCUACAUGGAUGCGUGGACGGAGCGGUGUCGAGUCUGGCUGUCGACACAUGUGCUGAAUGAUCUCGUCACAUCCAUGAAUCGCGUUGAUCAGACCAUGAAAGCUAGCAAUCUUCCCAACUUGAUGACGCAUGUCCCAGUACAGGCGUACAUACAGAGUCAACAACAGACUCUACAGCAGUUAGCUCUUCAGAAUCCCCCACUCCUCACCCAGAUUCACAAACGGCAAAUGCUGGAACGAUUCUUUGUGUUUGACGGAAAUUAUCGAUGGAACUCUGGCGGCAAAUUCAAGGGCAAAGAGUGGCACCCUGAUCUUCCUACCGAUGCCCAGAUUGUAAUGCAUCUGUUCUGCACCUUCUUGGAUUUCAUCCUGCCCGCAGACGCACUGGUGCCGAAAGGGAAGCACUUUACUGCGCGUUAUUUUCAACUCCAGCUCGAUUCUUCUGAACCACCGAAACAUGACGUUGUCAUUGCCCAGACCAACAUCCACCCCCCUCACUUCAAGAUCAUCUCGAUGGAUGAACGCUGGGAGAUUUUUCAGGGUCGCAACAACUUGUUCCAUGCAAUCAUUCUCUUCCUGUACUUUAUCAAGACGCGUCGUCACGGAUUUGUUGGCCCUAUGCAUAUCGACAGCAUCGGUCUCGAUCUCGAGUACAUUAUUUCCACAAAUUGA